AGUACUUUUUAAAAAAUUAUUUUUACAUGCAAGUAAGAUCUUUCUCCUACACCUUUCCAUUGUGUGCUUUCAUAUGUGAAAUUAUGAAAGUGAGAAUACUCUCUGACCUAUAUACUCUGUCACAUAUAUAAGACCUCACCGAGGGUCAAAUCCUGUUCAUGUUCCAAUCCUGCAUCAGAACAGUCCUGCAUCAUGCUGCUCAGCAUCUGUCUCCUGCUGUCGUUCUUCUCUCUGUCCGGAGGGAUAGAGAGUGGUAUUGUAGGUGGCAAAGAGGCUAAACCUCAUUCCAGACCAUACAUGGCAUCUCUCCAGUAUAGAAGACAACAUAGAUGUGGAGGGAUGCUGAUUAGGGAUGAUUAUGUGCUGACUUCGGCUCACUGUUUGGAUCAGACCUACAAUUACUUAGAAGUUGUUUUGGGAGCUCACAAUAUUAGCCAGAACGCGGACAGCCAGCAGAUUAUCCAAGUAGAAAACUACAUCAAACAUCCUAAGUAUGAGAAAGGUCACAGCACCUAUGAUAUCAUGUUACUAAAGCUGAAGACCAAAGCCGUGCGGAAUGAGUUUGUGGAUGUUAUUGAGCUCCCUAAGAACAAUGAGAAUAUUCCUGCUCGUGUGGAAUGCUCCAUUGCUGGCUGGGGCAUGACAAAACCCGGAGGAAGAGGAUCAGAUGUUCUGCGGGAAGUCAGCCUCAAACUGCAGUUCAGCUUUGAGUGCAAAAACAAGUGGCAAGACCAUUUCAACUCUGAGAAAAUGAUCUGUAGUCUCUCGGAUGGGAAAAGGGCGUUCUGUCAGGGUGAUUCUGGCAGUCCUCUUCUUUGUGACUCUAAACUUAAAGGAAUGGCUGCGUACACCUAUCCUAAUGACUGUGUGUCCAAGAAAUACCCUGAAGUCUAUAUAAAAAUAUCUGCCUUCCUUCCGUGGAUUAAAAAAACAUUACGUGAUUGA